GUCUAAGCUGUAAGCUGUCAGCUGACCGGAAUGAAAAUUACUUUAAGUAAGAAAUGGGCUACUGCCUACUCCUCUCUACUUUAUGCUUCUCUGCUUCACCAUUUCCGCAAUUUUCACAACUCUCUAGUCUCUCCCUACCGACCUCACCAGCCGGAUCAGCUUAACCGGCUCCUUCACGUUCCAAGGAUUUUCAACUUAUGAUUCCGUUCCGCUUUUUUGUUUUCUUCAUUCUUUCUCUCACUUUUUGCUGUGGAUUUGUCCACCCCAAGGUGCCCCAAGCCGAAGUGGAUGCUCUUCAACGAAUAAUCAGAACAAUGGGAGCUACAUAUUGGAAGUUUAAUGGGGAUUCUUGCCAAAUUGAAAUGGUUGGGUUAACACCACAACCACCAAGGGGAUCUGAGCAAAGCAUUGUUUGUGAAAAUUUCUCUGAGAAGAACCGCACUCUCCUUCAUGUCAUACGCAUUGUUCUAAAGGGGUAUAGUCUUCCUGGCAUGCUUCCACCUGAACUGGUCGAGCUUCAAUACCUCCGAGAGAUAGAUUUUGCUUACAAUUACCUUGGUGGUACGAUACCACAUGAAUGGGCUUCAACACAAUUGAAUUCAAUCUCUCUACUUGCUAACCGCUUAUCAGGGGAAAUUCCAAAGGAAUUGGGAAAUAUCGCCAGUCUCACAUACUUGAACCUUGAAGCAAACAAAUUUUCUGGCGUUCUUCCUCCUGAGCUUGGGGAUUUAAUUAAUUUGAAAACUCUGAUGCUAUCUUCUAAUCAGUUCUUUGGAAAUUUGCCAACUACACUAGCUGGACUUAUAAACAUAACAGAUUUUAGGAUAAAUGAUAACAACUUCAGUGGACCAAUACCAGAUUAUAUACAAAACUGGAAACAACUUACAAGAAUAGAAAUGCAAGCAAGCGGACUGGAGGGACCUAUUCCAUUAAGCAUUUCUCUUUUGGAUAAGUUAACUGAGUUGAGGAUUAGUGAUAUGACUGGGAAAAGUCAAGGUUUUCCUUUGCUGAACAACAUGACUGGCAUAAUAAACUUGGUUUUGAGGAAUUGCAACAUUUCUGGAGAAAUCCCUGCAUACAUCUGGAAAAUGAAGGAGUUGGAAAUGUUGGAUGUCAGUUUCAACAAGCUAGUAGGUGAAGUUCCAAGUGACUUAAGUUUAGCCAAGGCACUGAACUAUAUCUACUUAAGCGGCAACUUGCUAAGUGGAAAUAUACCGGACUUAUUCUUGAAGAAAGGAAGUAGUAUUGAUCUAUCUUACAAUAACUUUUCAUGGCAAGGCCCUGAGCAACCUGCUUGUCAAGAGAACAUGAAUUUGAAUGUUAACUUGUAUCGGAGCUCUUCAAUGGAGAACAACCUAAGGGCUGUUCUUCCAUGCUCAAAGAAUGACAAUUGUCCACAAUAUGCAUGUUCUUUCCACGUUAAUUGUGGUGGAGAUGAUUUAACCAUCAAAGAAAGUAAAAGAAAAGUUUUCUAUGAAGGAGAUGCAGAAGUUGAAGGUGGUACUGCAAAAUAUUUUAGAAGUAAAAACAGUUACUGGGGAUUGAGCAGCACCGGGGACUUCAUGGAUGAUAACAAUGACCAAAACAUGCGUUAUAUUGAAACUCUCUCAUCAGGGAACAUAUCUGGAGUGUAUACUACAGCUCGCCUUUCCCCUCUUUCACUCACUUAUUUUGGCUAUUGCUUAGAAAAUGGGGAUUAUACUUUACAGCUGCAUUUUGCUGAGAUAUAUUUCACAAAUGACAAAACAUAUGAUAGUCUUGGGAAACGCUUGUUUGACAUUUAUAUUCAGGAGCAAUUGGUGCAUAAGGAUUUUAAUAUUGAAGAUGAGGCUCGUGGAGCACGAAAGCCAGUUAUGAAACAAUUUAACACAAGUGUAACAAAUAAUGUCUUAGAGAUCCGAUUUUAUUGGGCUGGCAAAGGAACAACACGAAUCCCUAGCAGAGGAGUUUAUGGCCCUCUCAUAUCAGCUAUUUCUGUGCAUCCAAAUUUUAAAUCUUGUUCAAGUAGUGGAAAAAAGGGAAUGACUGCUUAUAUCAUUGGUGGAGUGGUAGGAUUAUGCAUUAUUCUAUUAAUAUUGGGUUUCCUUCAGUGGAAAGGUUGUUUGAGAGGCAGAAAGAGGGAAGAAAAAGAUCCCGAAGGUCUAGAUUUGCAAACAAGUUCCUUUACCUUGAAGCAAAUAAAAAAUGCCACCAACAACUUUGAUUCUGCAAACAAGAUUGGAGAAGGUGGUUUUGGUCCGGUUUUUAAGGGUCUGUUAUCUGAUGGUACCACAGUUGCAGUGAAACAGCUUUCAUCUGGAUCAAGGCAAGGUAAUCGUGAAUUUUUGAAUGAGAUAGGCAUGAUUUCUUGUUUGCAACACCCAAAUCUGGUGGAACUUCAUGGGUGUUGUGUUGAAGGAGAUCAAUUGUUGCUGGUAUAUGAGUACAUGGAAAACAAUAGCCUAGCCCGUGCUUUGUUUGGUCCAGAAAAUAGUCAGCUGAUACUGGAUUGGCCAACUAGGCUUAAAAUCUGUAUUGGGAUUGCUAAAGGAUUGGCUUUUCUCCAUGAAGAAUCGAGACUCAAGAUUGUACAUAGAGAUAUUAAAGCUACUAAUGUGCUUCUUGAUAGAGACCUAAACCCUAAAAUAUCCGACUUUGGAUUGGCUAGGCUCGAUGAUGGAGGGAAGAGCCACAUUAGCACCAGGAUUGCUGGAACGAUAGGAUAUAUGGCACCAGAGUAUGCACUAAGGGGUUAUCUGACGUACAAGGCUGAUGUUUACAGUUUUGGUAUUGUGGUUCUGGAAAUUGUCAGUGGAAAAAACAACGAUUAUAUGCCAAGUAACAGUUGCUUUUGUCUUUUAGAUUGGGCCUGUCAUUUGCAACAAAGUGGAAAGCUUCUGGAGCUUGUUGAUGAGGCGUUGGGGUCUGAAGUCCGUGAAGAAGAAGCAGAAAUGAUGGUGAAAAUGGCUAUCUUGUGCACAAAUGCAUCCCCAUCACUUAGGCCUACUAUGUCUGAAGUGGUGAGCAUGCUUGAAGGAAGGAAGCCUACUCCUGAUAUAAUCCUGGAACCAAAUUCCCACAAUGAGGAUGUGAGGUUUAAAGCCAUAAGAGACUUUCGUCAGGAGAAGCGAAACCAGAGUUUGACUGGAAUCCAAACCCAGAAUUCAACAGCUCCUACAGAGCUUUACUAUUCCUCUGCAUCUGGCGUUGAUUUCUGUGAAAUCAACCCUGCUUCAAAAUCCUGUUAUCAAGCAAAUUCAAGGAGAGAGAUGGCCACAGUUGUUCAUAUUCCCCUGCUCAUCUUGCUUCUACAUACAUGCUUUGGCUCAACAAGUGUUGAAGCACUAGCUGGACAUCUUCCUGAUGAAGAAAAGGGAGUUCUGGAAGAAAUAGCUGAACAAUUGGGCAAGAAGGAUUGGAAAUUUGAACUAAACCCUUGUGAUGGGAACUCCAACUGGAACACACUAGGCUCGAGAUCAAAUCCAUUCUAUAACAAUACAAUCACCUGCAAUUGCUCCUUCCCUAAUGGUGAAUGCCAUGUUGAUAGCAUAUCUCUCAAAGGGCAGGAUCUUGCUGGUGUGCUUCCACCUGCCCUAGCGAAACUAUCCUACCUCAAAAAAAUUGAUUUGGCUAGGAACUAUCUCAGUGGUAACAUACCCCCUGAAUGGGAAACUACAAAGUUAGAAACUCUGUCCAUUUCUAUGAACCGAUUAUCAGGACGAAUCCCAAACUUCUUGGGGAAUAUUACCACCCUUAAAAAUUUGGGUCUUGAGGGCAACCUGUUUUCUGGAACUGUUCCCCCUGAGCUUGGCAAACUGGUCGACUUGCAGAAGCUCAUUCUUAAUUCUAACAAUCUCACUGGACCAUUGCCUCAAGCGCUUGCUCACCUAACUAAUUUGAAAGAGCUUAGGAUUAGCAGCAACAAUUUCACUGGAAAAAUACCCAGUUUCAUUCAAAGUUGGAAGCAACUUCAGCAAUUAGAGAUCCAAGCUAGUGGUUUGGAAGGGCCCAUACCUUCUAAUAUUUCAGUCUUGAGUAAUUUAACUGAACUAAGAAUUAGUGACUUAAAUGGAGAGGGUUCCACUUUUCCACCCCUAAGAAGCAUGAAAAGAAUGUACAAGUUGAUGUUGAGGGGCUGUAAUAUCUCAGGACCGAUCCCCCCAGAUAUAGCAGAGAUGACAGAAUUGAGAUUUUUAGAUCUCAGCUUCAACAAGUUGAACGGAGAGAUUCCAAAUCUUGAUGGCCUAACAAACGUGGAGGUCAUGUGUCUGAUAGGCAACCAGCUUAAUGGAAAUAUUCCAGAUGGAAUCAAGGGAAGGCAGAGCCGCACUGAAAUAGAUCUUUCUUAUAAUAACUUCUCUGAGCAAUCUGCACCACCCUCUUGUCGAGAUAGCUUGAACUUGUUCAGAAGCUUUUCUGAGGAGGGGAACUUAGAACUUGGUGGGUGCUUGAAAAACUAUCCUUGUCAAAAAGAUCGUUAUUCAUUGCAUAUAAAUUGUGGUGGAGAGAAAUCUACGGUUGGAAAUGUUGUUUAUGAAGGGGAUCAAUAUGAAGGAGGUUCAGCAAAAUUUCAUCCUAUGACUGAUUAUUGGGGAUUUAGUAGCACUGGACACUUCUGGGAUCAUAACAGAACCAUAAAUGAUUACAUAGCACAAAAUGUAUCCGUACUUGGAAUGAACCACUCUGAGUUGUACACCAGAGCACGACUUUCUCCUCUGUCUUUUACUUACUAUGGGCGCUGCUUAGCGGAUGGGAACUAUACAGUAAAAAUUCACUUUGCAGAGAUAAUUAUCAGAGGCAAUAAAUCCUUUCAUAGCCUUGGCAGACGGAUUUUUAAUGUUUAUAUUCAGGGAAAGUUGGAAUUGGAGGAUUUUAAUAUUGUACAAGCAGCACAAGGGGUUGAUAAGGUAGUUGUAAAAGAAUUUAAAGCAGUUGUGAAGAAUAAAACUUUAGAGAUCCGCUUUCAUUGGGCUGGCAAGGGAACAACAGCUAUACCAAGCAGAGGAACUUAUGGUCCUCUCAUAUCAGCUAUUUCUGUGGAAUCUGAUUUCAAGCCUCCUUCUAAUGGCAAAAAGAAGAUACUCAUUGCAGUUCUAGUUUCAGUAUUGGUUUUCAUUUUCACAAUUUUGGGCCUUAUUUGCUGGAAAUGCUACUUUGGACAGAGAACAUCAAGAGAACAAGAGUUGAGAGGAUUAGAUCUGCAAACUGGUUUAUUUACCUUGAGACAAAUUAAAGCUGCUACAAACAGCUUUGAUGCUGCAAAUAAGAUUGGGGAAGGAGGUUUUGGAUCUGUCUACAAGGGUACAUUAUUAGAUGGAACCAUAAUUGCAGUGAAGCAACUUUCCACCAAGUCAAAGCAAGGAAGUCGUGAAUUUGUGAAUGAAAUUGGAAUGAUUUCUGCUUUACAACACCCAAAUCUUGUAAGAUUAUAUGGAUGUUGUGUUGAAGGAAAUCAACUGAUAUUGGUAUAUGAAUACAUGGAGAACAAUAGUCUCGCUCGGGCUUUAUUUGGUAAAGUGGAAUACCGAUUAAAUUUGGACUGGUCCACGAGGCAGAGGAUUUGUGUUGGCAUAGCAAGAGGUUUGGCUUUCCUGCAUGAAGGAUCAACACUGAAAAUUGUUCAUAGAGACAUAAAAGCAAAUAAUAUACUACUUGAUACGAAUCUUAACCCUAAGAUCUCUGAUUUUGGUCUGGCGAAACUUGAUGAAGAAGAUAACACCCAUAUUAGCACCAGAGUUGCUGGAACCAUAGGAUACAUGGCACCAGAGUAUGCAUUAUGGGGUUAUUUAACCUAUAAAGCCGACGUAUACAGUUUUGGGGUUGUUGCUUUGGAACUUGUUGCAGGGAAGAACAACAUGAAAUAUAGACCAAAUGAGGAUUACUUUUGUCUUCUAGAUUGGGCUUUUGUUUUACAACAGAAAGGAAAUUUAAUGGAGCUAGUGGAUCCAAACUUGGGGACUGAGUUCAAAAAGGAAGAGGCCAUAAGGAUGAUUAAAGUUGCCCUAUUAUGCACCAAUGCAUCUCCCGCACUUAGACCUACCAUGUCUGCAGUGGUGAGCAUGCUCAAAGGUCAAACUGUCGUUCAGGAAUACCCUCUGAAUCCUAGUAUUUAUGGUGAUGAAUUUGGGUUUGAAGCCCUCAGAGGCCAGCAUGAUCAGACACAAUUACAGAGCUCAAGUGAAAUUGAGCCCCUCAAUCAUUCAUCACGUACAGCACGGAGUGGAUCUUCCUUUACAUCUUCCCAAGAUCCAUAAAAUGUCUCUACCUUGCCUUGUAUUAAUUCAGUCAUGGUGAGAAUUUUUCUUUGGUAGCUAGUAUUUUGUCAGUGCUCUACUUAUUGUUGGAAGUUGUUACUUCAUUUUGAGGCAAAAGUGAUCCAUUUUAAUUCCAAAUACAAAGAAAAAGUACUUUCAAAUUGCUUAUCAAACAGUAUAUCAUUCAGCCUUCUUGUUAUGCAUUCCAAACCAUAGAUGUCACAUGUUGGUUAACUCCAUUUGUAAAUAAGAAGUAUUAAUAAAGAUCUACAUUCAUUA